AUGUUUUCAAAUAACCCGAGCAAGGACGUCCUGGCGGCGCCGGUGGAGGGCGUCUGUCGCCGCCUGCGCGGAAAGUUCCCAGAUCUGCAACCCAGAGGAACGAACGGCGUUGGAAGGCAUUCGAAGAGCCGGCGACGGAGGAGGCUAGAGGUGGGGAGGAUUAAUUCUCUCUCCGCGGCUAGAUCCGUUUCAGUCGGGUCGAGGAGGAGGCGAUCGGAGCUCGAAUUCAGGUUGAAAUCGGCCGUGGAAGGGACAGUCGACAGAGGAUCUGGGCACGGGACGGCGUCGCGCGUGGGGCGACGGAAGGAGAUGGAGGACGCCGUGGCGGCGAAGCCGGGGUUCCUGCAAGUGCGCGGGCGGAGCUACGAUUUCUACGGGGUGUACGACAGGCACAGCGGGAGGCGCGCUGCAGAUGUCUGCGCCAGGAGGAUGCACGGGACAGUGGCGAUGGCGGGGGAACUGUGUUGUGGCUGUGAUUGUUCUGCUUUUUUUUUGGUGUUAUUAUUGGUUUAA